GAUAGGUUUUGGCGGGAAGAAGAUACUGUCUAUGGCGAAUCGGCGACGGCGCAGUAUUUAUUUGUCCUGAUUUCCUAACCCCCCGCUCAUCAUAAUACUUUGAAUCCCUUUCCUUCUAAUUGCAUCAGACUAAUGAAGGCUUAAGCUAGGGUUCUUCUUCCGUUUCAAAUUUUACAAGAGACAACAACAUGGAAACUCGCAAUCAAACGAAUACACGGUUGGAGGAGAACACCAUGGCCAUCCUCGACUCCGCUGGCUUCAAAACAGACAGUCGUCACACCACCGACGAUAGGAUUGCGUUUCUUGAGGCUGUUCGUGCUGCUUCUAUUGUCCCAGAAGCUUCAAUUUCCCCAACUAAGAAAAUGUGUGAGGCAAUUUUCCAGAUCCUGAGGGAAGAGAGUUCACUUGAAUUAUUAGUGGAAAGUUUUCAGCUUUUGAACCAGUUGGAUAAGCGAUUUCCUAGGGUAAGUAUGUCCAGAGGUGACGAGUCAAACUUAAAGCCACCUUCAAAUUGUGAUAAUCAGAUUGAAUUAGUUGUGCUGGAAGAGGCCUGGUCACCUUUUAUCUUUGGCUCUGAUAAUGAGAGGGCAGAUACUAGUAAGAACCGUCAUGGACCAAUUGAUAUUACAGGUUUUCAUCUUUUAGUUGAAGAAAUUGUGAUGGCUGGCCAAACUAACUCUGGAAUUUCACAGAUCAAGGCCUUAAAGGAUAUGAUGCUUCUGCAGUAUCUCAUAAGUGUUCUUGAAGGAGAUUUCAUUCCUCGAAAUACUGUCUACCAAUAUACCACGAACUGGAGUAUUCUCAGGGAUUCAUUGCUGAACACGAUUCUGGGUUCAAGAAGGGUAAGGUACAAGGAUUUAGUCCAAGAUAUAUUAUCCAUUAUGUGCGACAUGUCCCCUGUUCAAUCGAGUCAUGCUGAUGGGAGAUUACCGGUAACUUCAGAGGCUCAUCUGCCUGAAAAUUGUGAUAUUGCUUCCACUGUUGCUUUACCAGAGUUAAGGAAGUGUACAGGCAGCAGCAUGCAGAAACUUAUAGUGAUGAUCAUGGAGCUGGACAAGGCAAAGAAAAAUGCUGAUGUGCAAGGUCUUACCACCAGAGCGGAUGGUGUGAGAACCCCCUUGGUGGAGAUAAUUCAAGAUCAUUUAGCUUACAAUGAAGCUGCAGUUUCCCCCUUUUUUGAGGUAUUUACAGAGCCUAAAUGUAAGCUGGAUAUUAUCGUACAAUAUUUUCAGAAGUAUAUGGCUAAACCUUCUGUUCGAACUCGAAGGUCAAAUAACCUAAAUCCAGCCGGAGAAGCAACUUUCCCUGGAAUUCUCAAUUGUUUUUGUAAUGGAAGCAUUACAAAGAAUAUAAGAAAGAAAAUCCACCCGGAAGUAAUUCAGUUGCUUUUAGCACACGCCUUUCAGGCUUAUUUAUCAUUGCCAGCUGAAUCUUUUGAUGGCAACCACAACUCUAAAGAAGCCUACAAGAAUUCUGUUGCAGAAACAUGCAAAAAUUUUAUAUCUGCGUUUACAAAUCUGAGAAGAGACGGGUGCAUGGAGAUUUUGCCAUUUGCAAAAGAAGCUCUUUUUACAGCUACAUGCAUUCUUUCAACAAAAUGAUGGACGGAACAGAAUACUAGCCAAUUCUUCAAUUGAUGUAUGUAUUUUUUUUUUAUCCUGUAACUAGCUUGUUCAUCUUUCGACCGAACUUUGGAAGACGAGACAAAGCCAUAGUAGGUCAGGUACCGGAUUGUAUUUAUUAACUUACUAUAUUUGACUUAGACCAACACUGAAUGAAGCUCUUGUUAAUGUUAGUGUAGUGUAACAUUUACUGC